AUGGAAGACUUGAGACUUAAUUCCUCUAAGUUGGGGACUGAAGAAUAUUGGAAUAAUUUCUAUAAGAAGGAACUCAACAAUUUCCAGGAAAACUCCGAAGAUGAGGGAGAAUGUUGGUUUGAUGAUUCUGAUGCUGAGUCUAAAAUGAUUGAAUUUUUGAUCCAAAAGAUAAACAAUGGGGAUAUAGAUAAAACAGAAUUACUGAUUCUUGAUUUAGGAACGGGGAAUGGCCAUUUAUUAUAUCAAAUGACGGAAGAAUUCCUGGAAGAAUUGGAAGUUGAGGUCAAGGUAUCCAUGAAAGGAAUUGAUUACUCACCAGAUUCCAUUGACUUUGCCCAAAAAUUGAAUACAAAAUACCAAACAGAUAUAAAAUUCCAACAAGUAGAUUUGUUGAAUGAAACCUUGGACGAAACUUAUGACAUCAUUCUCGAUAAAGGAACUUUUGAUGCCAUUGCCUUGAACCAAGAUAUUGUUAGAGACAAUAAAAUCGGCAUGGACAUAUACCCAGAGAAAGUCAUACAGCUCAUGAGACCAGGAACCAUUUUCUUGAUCACAUCCUGUAAUUUUACUGAAGAAGAAUUAACUAAAAUCAUGACCAGUCACGGAUUGAGAGUUUGGGACCAAAUUACAUAUCCAACUUUCGAAUUCGGCGGAGUUAAAGGUACCACCAUCUGUAGUAUAGCAUUUAUUAGAUAA